CAGGGGAUGGAGUUAAUCUGAAGGGGGAGUGCCGCAGGAGAGAGUCUAUAUAUACAUGUGGACCCUGGGAGGCUGGUGCUUUUAGUUGGACUCUGUUGGAACACUAGAGAACACCUCUGAACAUUUCACCAGACUAACGUCAUUUUCUUUCUCAAAUCGGACACAUCCUGGAGUUAUAAUUUCAAAGCCAUCUUAAUUAUUCUUACAAAGGAGGACUUGAAACAAUCAGGAUCAUUGUAUUGUUCAACAAGGGUAAGAAGGAUAAGACAGCCUCUCUGCUUUGAACCACAAUGAAUCGGGUGGAAGAAUGGGUUUUGGAGAACAAGGACAAGAUCGAGAAAGGAGUGGAAAUCAUGGGGCAAAGCUGCGAGGUUUUAGCAGCCACCGUGGGACAGUUCCACCCCAUCCUGGAGGCCGUGUUUUUGGCCUCGGCCGAACUCCUCGGAAACCCAGAAGGCAAAGAGGCCAAGUUCCUGGCUGAGCAGUUUGAAAAGAUCAACCAGACACUUGAAGGUAUUCGAGAUGAAAUCGACCAAAUUGCUUUAGAGUUGCAGCGGACGACCAUGAAUAAGCAGAACUUUGACUAUGAGGCGAAGAUAAUCAGUCAAUAUGAGAAGUUUCAAGACUUUGUCAAUGCUAAGCCCAAGUUCAAGGAGAAGAAGAAGGACAAGUUUAUAACCCAGUAUGAGAACACUGGUCGCGAUCUGAACAUUGAUUCCUUGUACAAUGCUGUAACUGGCGAGAAUACCUCUGGAGAUGCCAUGUUGGACACGGUGGUGACCACAGAGCAAAGGAGCAGGAAGCCAGUGGAGGAGUUCUGUGCCAGAUUGAAGAAGCUAUUUGUCAUGGGAAUUAUAGCAGUCAUGGGUCACACCGCCCUGAAAGAGGGAGCGGUAGGCGAGGCCAUGGUGAAGAAAUGGCAGGAUCGCAUGGAAGACGUAGAGACACGCAUGAAAGCGGCGGUGGAUGACUGCAUUGAGAAUUUCCCUCAGCAGGCCAAGACGGAUGUGGAGCAUCAACUUCUGGAGCGUCAAGCCAACGUUGACCCAGAGUUCACUGGAUUUAUACUGGAUAUCCUUGCGAAUAAAUAUUACUGGGUUUCCUGGUCAGUUCGGGUCUUCAACCACAGUGGCAUAUUCCUCUGGAAUUGGCUCGCUGGCAAAAAGUAUCAUGGAAGUGGUGGAGGUGGCAACUUUUUUGAUCUUCUGACCCCAAACAACAUCAGAAUCGUGGUGUCUUUCAGUGCAGACCCAAAACCGAUUAACAAGAGCCAGAUUGUAGAUCAGAUAGAGACUCAAAAGUUGAAGGGGGACAUGCAGUCUGUGGCUCAGACGCUGUGGAAGAUGCUUCCCAACACUGUGGUCCAUGCCAUUAGCUGCUAUAAGAAAGUAGAAGAAAAAAACAACUUCCAGCCAGAAUGUUUCUACUUUGGGAGUCACAAAAAGGCAUAUCUGUGCAUUCAUUCUGAAUAGACAUGCGAAAAAUUUAAAUUGGCAAUCAGCCUUCUACGUAAAUACUUCUGGUUUAGAACGUUUGAUUGUAUUAAAUAGCUGAACAUUAUAAAGCAAACGAUGACUGAAUUGUUACGGUGCACCUACAAUGAGAACGUAUAUUAUUGCUGGUUCACUUUAUUUUCGCAUGUCAGUGCAUAAAAGGACCAUAAAGAAAUGUUUGUAUGUGACCAAACAUAAAUGCGUACUUUUCAGAUAAAAAAAAAUUGUAUGUUUUGUAGUUUAGAAUACAUUUGAAAGAGCGGUUGAGUGGAGAAAACUUAUACGAUCAACAGAUUCAUGGGAUUUCAUUGUUAGUCGUGGUGUUUACAAUCAAAAAGCAUUUCAUUUAAACUUUAGAUUAUAGAAAAAGUCUUUACUGGAAAAAUGCUAUAAUAAGCAUUCAGUUAACUAGCUAUAUAUACUCUGUAACCCAAGAAUCAUGUCCGUUUCUUGUUUAUGAUUGUAUGUAAUCACAAAUAAAACAACUAUGAUCUAGAAAUUUGUUUCAAAGUAUCAAGAGCCAUCCAAAUGGACCAUAUUCAAGACAGAUAUUAUACUUUUUUUAAUUAAACUUACUGUAUGU